AAGGAAUGCAUGAAUACUGCUUUCGAUCUAGUGAUUAGAGAUGGUAGCGCUGAAGAUAUGGCUGCAGAAAUAAUGGGUUUACAUGCAGAAUGCCUGGAGGAAAAUUUUGGGAAGAUCACGCUUCUUAGGGAGAAAGGGAAAAUGAAUGAUCUUCUAAUGCAUGCAUCACAAUGUCGUUCUGCACGUUGUCGAUAUCCUAAUUGUCGUAAAGUGAAGGGCCUCUUCCGGCAUGGUAUGUACUGCAGAACACGUGCUUCCGGAGGCUGCGUUAUGUGCAAGAAAAUGUGGUAUUUGAUUCAAUUUCAUGCUCGUGCGUGCAACAAAUCGGACUGCAAACUUCCGCGAUGCAGUGAUGUCAAAGAACAUCUAAGGAGGCUGCAACAAUAAUCUAAUUCACAACAAAGAGCUGACUGUAGUGAUGGAAAUGAUGAGGCAAAAAGUUGCUGGAUGAGCAAGGAGUAUUAGGAGGUGUUUGCUUUAUUUUGUUCGGAUAAGUGAUUUUGUGAUUUUGUCAAAGUUAUUUGUAUUUCUCUGUUAAUGUCUAUUGCCCAUCCUUGAGCGAUAGGUGUACUAUAGUCCAAAUUAGUCUUACAUUUCUUUAUAAGUAUUUGUUGGAGGCAGAUAAUAUUUCUUUAAUUCUCUAGAAAAUAUUAUUUCUUGCAUUAAAUAUGUUUUGAGA